UCUUGAUUUAUUUGCAGACUGCACGAACAUUUGACGAGUAUAUUGCUUUUCAGCGUAUUUUUAUUCUUCUUCGCAUAUAUUACGAUUCAUUUGGCCAACACUGGGAGGCAGUCUUAACAAUAUGCAGCAAUUGAUGAGAAGAGUUUUUAUGUUGCUAAGAAAGGUGUCAUCAAUAUCGCUACAAAGGAUUAAACAUUAUGCAACCGAGGCGAAAUUCGAAAUCAAACCUUUCAAGCUUCAUAAUCUAUCGAGAGGUCCAUCUACCACUGGUACAAUCACGAAUGAGGAAGCUAUUAAAAUGUACACAUUAAUGCAAACAAUUCGUCGACUAGAAACAUCUGCCGGCAAUUUGUACAAGGAAAAAAUAGUUCGUGGUUUCUGUCACUUAUAUUCGGGUCAAGAGGCGUGUGCUGUAGGAAUGAAAACAGCAAUGCGUCCUCAGGAUAACAUAAUAUCAGCAUACCGUGUUCACGGUUGGACUUUUUUGAUGGGAGUCAGUCCUAAAGGCGUGUUAUGUGAGCUUACUGGCAAACAAGGUGGAUGUGCGCGAGGUAAAGGAGGUUCUAUGCAUAUGUAUGCGCCCAACUUUUAUGGUGGAAAUGGUAUUGUUGGUGCACAGGUACCAUUAGGUGCUGGCAUUGCUCUGGCCUGCCAGUACAAAGCAAAUAAUGGAGUUUGUUUAGCAUUGUACGGUGAUGGGGCUUCGAAUCAAGGACAGGUUUUUGAAGCUUAUAACAUGGCGUACCUUUGGAAACUACCAUGCAUUUUCGUCUGUGAAAAUAAUGGAUAUGGUAUGGGAACAAGUAGCGAUCGAUCAUCUUGUAAUACGAAUUAUUUUCAACGUGGUGACGUAUUACCAGGUCUUUGGGUUGAUGGUAUGGAUGUAGUAGCUGUAAAACUAGCCACUGAUUUUGCAAUUGAUUAUGUACUUAAACAUGGCCCAUUGGUGAUGGAAGUAUUCACAUACAGAUAUUCCGGUCACUCAAUGUCUGAUCCAGGAACUAGCUAUCGAACAAGGGACGAAGUUCAAGAAGUUCGCCAAACUCGGGAUCCAAUUUCAUCUUUUAAAGACAAAAUAAUAAACGCAGGAUUAGUAAACGCGGAUGAAUUGAAAAGAAUCGAUGGAAAUGUUAAAACUGAAAUUGACGAAGCAACAAAAGCAGCAAAGGCUGAUAGUGAAAUAGGAAUUCCGGAACUAACCACUGAUGUUUAUGCAAAAAAUGUAGAAGGUGAUCUAAGAGGUACUUGUCCCAGCUCAUGGCUCAAACACGGAACAUUAAAACACGCUGUGAACUUAUAGUAAAAAGUUUUUCGUAACAACAACAGUGAACUUUAAGCGAGAAAUCAUUUGUUUUCCAAAAAUAUCAAAUAAAAACAGUAAUUUUUCAACGUUUAACGUAUUA